CAAAUUUCAAAAAUCAACGAAUUCCGCUUAACGUUGAACUUUAGAAGUUUUGCUAGAGAACGAUAUAAAAAUUUUAAUUGAUUGUUAGCAAGUCCUAACUAUAAUUAAAAACAUUGCGCAUAGGUUAAAGAGUACGAUUUUCUGGAAUUUCAAUUAUUCUUAUUUGCAUUCCGUUAUUUCCACAUCAUGGCACUUUUCGACAUUUUUGGCGAUCACCUAGCACUUCAAACCAAGAAGCAUGUUUCGAGGCAGCCCCUCUCAAAUAUUGAAAAUAUGGGCAAAAUGGUCACAACAGGACCAAUCAAGCCGAACGAGCCAGCUAAAUCAAUGAAAAAAGGUGGUGAACCUAAGAAGUCUUUCCUGUCCAAUACUGGCAAAGCUUUACAAAGCACACCGAGGGCAGCUUUCACCCCAAAAGCCAACAAUGUGUUGCCUUUUAUAUACCAUGAUGAAACAAAUACGUUGGAAAAGGGUUACAGUGUUGAAGAUUUGGAAUUCACUAAGCCGUUGUAUAGAAAUGAUAACUCCCAUAAAGAUGCUUUAGACUUCCUCCCUAUGCCAGAGCUGCAGAAAGCUAAACAUGUGCUGCCACCCAAUACACCACCCCCUGUUAUUGCAAGGCACAACAUGGACUUUGAUUGCUCUUACCAAGAUGAAUUUUUCACAGAUGACUUUUCCAACGAAAGCAUACCAGAUGAUGACUUGGGGCUCCCUGAAUUAUAUUGAGCGUGAAUAACAAAGACUUGUAUUGUAUUUAUAUAAUUGAAUAGAUGUUACAUUCUCAAUUAAAAUUGUUACUUUUUGUGACUGAACUGUUUACUUAAUUGAAAAACAAGUGUUAUUAUUCUCUUAACUUUUGAUUGAUUUCCUAAUCUGUGAACAAGAUUAGGUAAAGGAUGUUAAAAAAGUAAUAAAUGAUUAUUUGAAACAGUAUUAUUAA